AUGCAUCAGACGUGGUUCACAGCGGCCUGUCUCGGCCUGCUGGCCAUUCAGCCCGUUCUCGCGGCACCAACGCCUCCUAACAUCCCCAGUGCCUCCACAGCAAAAAGUGAGCUGGGAUCUCUCACCGUGGCGGACCAAGGCUCGUCAGAUGGGUAUUCCCGCGAUAAAUUCAAGCACUGGAUAGCCCAAGGACAUGAAUGCGACACCCGCGACCUGGUCCUCAAGCGCGACGGCACCGGCACUCAGGAGGGGGCCGAUUGCAAGAUUACUGGCACAUGGGUGUCUCCAUAUGACGGCGCCAAAUGGACUGACGCCAGCGAUCUCCAAAUUGACCACCUUGUUCCGCUUUCCAAUGCUUGGAAGUCCGGCGCAUCUAGUUGGACCGCCGCGGAGCGUCAGGAUUUCGCGAAUGACCUGAACAAUCCCCAGCUUUUGCCGGUCACAAGCAGCGUAAAUGAGUCCAAGGGAGACCGUGGCCCGGAGGAGUGGAAGCCCCCAUUAGAAUCCUUCUACUGCACCUAUGCGGAGAUGUGGGUCAAGGUUAAGACAACAUACAAGUUGACCAUCACGGCCGACGAGAAGUCUGCCCUUUCGGAAAUGUUGGACAGCUGUUAA